AUGUUGAAGAGUGUCAACGACUCUGUAUUGAAAUCUAAGAAAUCUUGUCGCUGCGCUGAGAGUCAAUUGACGCCCAUGCUCUUUUUCCGGACCAUCGCGUGCGCGUGCCGACGCGCCAGUCGAUGUCGAACAACACUUCAAUCUUACUACCAGCCACGAUCCGAAUAUCACACAAAGAAUGCCGACGACCUGCAAAGUAGAGUAACUCAGUCCAAACUACGCGAAAUCCUCCGUGAAACCGCCCAGCCUGUUGCGGUCAUAACCUCAUGGAUGCCCCCGUCUUCUUCGCAUGAGGGUGAUGGGUACUCGAAAUACCAUGGAGCGACACUAUCGUCCUUUACGUCGGUUGCAAUGGACCCUUAUCCAUUAGUUUCCUUCGCGUUGCGCAUGCCAUCGCGUAUGGGUGCCACUUUGAAGUCGCUAUAUUCCGACGCCUGUCCUGGACAAGAAUUCGGAGGAGGGGAAAACUCAGCGCACCUGGUGAUGAACCUUCUCAGUGCUUCACAGGCCCGUGCCGCUCACAAAUUCGCUCGCCCGGACCUACAUCCACAUCCGUUCGAUUCGUCCUCCAAUUCCGCCAAAUCGGAGAAUAUCCCUUACUUCGUUUCGAAAGACGGUCUGCCUGUCUUGGAAGGCUCCUUGGGGGCAUUUUCGUGCCGUCUCGUAGCGCCCGCUAUCCCCUUACACGAUCUCUCGUAUCUGGAGAAUCUGGGACAAGCACAUACGGAACCCAGAAGUCUCCCCAGACUCCCGCCAGGCAGCGUGAUAUCUGAACUAUUCAUUGCGCAAGUGAUGAGGAUUGAGCUUCAACCCCCCUCACCAUGCACUGAGAUGAAGCCGCUGCUCUACCAUAGAAGAAGCUUCACGACCUGCAAAGGGGAUGAAUGUGAAUAG